AUGGCCGUGCCCUGGGGUACAUUAUCCGACCAUAUCGGGCGCAAGCCGAUUAUCAUCUCCGGCCUGACUUGUACCAUGCUCUUGUCGAUAAUGCUAGGCAUGUCUCAGACGCUCGGCAUGGUGCUUGCAUCGCGGGCCUUGAUCGGUCUAAUGAACGGGAAUGUCGGUAUUAUCCGAACCAUGGUCGCAGAGAUCGUCCCUGAGCGGGAACUGCAGCCUCGUGCGUUUAGUAUCAUGCCUAUGGUCUGGACGAUUGGGAGUAUCUUUGGCCCCGCGUUUGGAGGUGCAUUGGCACGACCAGCGGAAAAAUAUCCUGGGCUUUUCGGGGAUUCGGUCUUUUUGAGACGGUUUCCUUUUGCGUUACCGAAUUUAUUGUCCGCGGUGUUCUUUAUUGUUGGUAUUACGACGGGCAUUUUGUUCUUGCAGGAGACCUUGGAAACGAAAAAGGAUCGAUAUGAUCCCGGUCUUGCGCUGGGUCAGGCACUUACUAGCUCGUGCGUUUCGAGGAAGCGUCAGGUUGGAUCUAAAGAUCUGGAUGAAGAACGGACGGUUUUACUUCCUCGCAAGCACCCGAGGACGAAAGCUGUUGAGAAGCCGGUUAGCUGGUCCCAGGUCUUUACUCCACAGUCAAAUAUUGUGCUGGUGUCUUACACUUUGAUGUCGGGCCUCGGCAUGGCGUUCGAUUCGGUGUUUCCAGUCUUUUUGCAUUAUCCUGUGCAAGAUAUUCACAAUAAUCCUGAUGUGAAGCUGCCCUUCAAGUUUGCAAGUGGAUUCGGAAUUGGUGAGUCCUCCUCUUUAGUCAACAUUCAACACCAAACACUGUACUAA